CUUGCCUUCGCGGUUCGACUUUCUUUUCAGGCUUGACUCAUUCGCUAGCUUCUCCUCCCCUUUAGAGCUCUUUAUGAUGCCCACUGAGUAAGAUUCGGGGACUUCCGGCGCAGAAGCUCAUUCUGAACCGCGGUAACCUUCGUCUCAAUCUUCAUAAUCAAUUUAUGCCAUCUUAAAAAAAUUGGAAUCUUGUUAGGUACCCGUACGACAGCUCUAAUAAUGAGCUAACGUACUCAUCUUUAGAGUGGUUUGUGCGCAGGCUCGAGAAGUUGCUGCCCGCUUCAGAAGACCUUAGGGUGCCUUCGAUUCCUGGACGACUUUGUUCGUCGUGUACAGGGGACGGGAAGAGAUGGCUGUUCGCUGUAGCAAAAUUCAACGAACCGACGGGCGUCCCGGACAUAGCCUUCAACCCGCAAAGGUUAGCUUUGUUGCUGGACAACCACUAGGGUACUAUUCUUCCUGGCCCCUCUUCGCCCUAUCACAUCACAUGGUGGUGUGGUAUGCGGCAGAACAUGUCUAUCCUUCCUCCUUCUUCUUUCAGUCGAAACUUCCUCCUAGUGAGGUGUUCGCCUAUCCAGGUAUGGAAGUAUUCAAUGAAUACACUCUGUACCAUGCAUGGGUGGAUGAAGCUUUAUCUGGAGUAUCAAAGAUGGAAUUGUAUGCUAAGGCUUAGUGCCAGUAUAGAGCUUGAAGUCUUUAUGGAUGUGCCGAUCUUUAUCCGUACAUAUUACCGACCUGCGAACAUGGAUGAUUCGUUCAGGUACGGGAUAAUAUUUAGGAUGUACGAUUUGGCUGUCCAGUUACAGUGGGGCAAUGUCAUGAAAUUGCUACUAGUAACUAAGACUCAAGUGGAGAAAAAAAAAGCACUCAAUUUGAAUGUAAGUAAAACACGGGAUGGAAGAGGAGGCCUGAACCAACAGGGAUGAAACAGUAUAGAUUCCCCUGGGCGAAGCAAGUCACCGAUUAGUAACCUAAGAAAGAGUUGUCAACGGGCGAGUGUCCUGCUAUAAGGUAAACUCCUACUAUUUCAGCUUCUUUUCCCGUGGUCGAAAGCUAAAUAUCUCAAGAUGAUAUUUUCCAAACUCUCGACAAGCAGCAAAUAGAAAAUUAAAAGAAGAUUUUGAAGGAUCUGAUUUCAUCUAAGGAGUGGCGGUUAACAGAAGGCCAUUUCAACUUAUGCUCUAAAAAGAUAGAAAGCAUUGUUGAUAAAGCCCUCUCUUUAUAUAAAGAGGGCUUUGCGCCUUCGGAUAAAGGAAGAUUCCGAUAUUCGCAUAGGUAUUGAAGCGGGGAUAUGAACAGCUAGCUUCCCC